AAAAGGAAGGAAAUUUCACAAGAGCGCCGACGGCGGCCAAUUAGUAGUGUAAGCCAACCAACGCUGCUCCUAUAAACAGUGCCCAAACAGCAUCAUCAGCCUCGCGGUGUCAGCAGCAGGAAGGUGAUCGAGUUGAGAUCAACUCGCAGCUCGGAUCAGCAGCAGUGAGGAGGCCUCCGAGUGGGCGUCGAGGCUGGCCACCGCGGCGAGGAUACCGGCGCCGGUGGUGCGCGCGGUGAUGGCCUGGUGGCGGAAGAAGAUCGUCCUCCCGGCGCGCCGCGUGCUGGCCGCCGUCUCCACCCGCGUCGUCCGCGCCCGCAACACAGGCAGUGGAGGCAGCAUACUGAAGCUUCACGAGGAUGUGCAGACCUGUGGAUACAAGGACGUGCAGGUGAUGUUCGAGAUGCUGACAUCAGAGUUGGAGGAUCCCAAGAGGCACAAACAGCCAGCGACCUGCUGGAGGCCGCCUUCAGCAUGGUCCGGCCGGUCCUCGUCGAUUGCGGCUGCGCAAUAGAGACGAUAUGAAGCGGACGUGAAAUGGAGCAGCUCGGCUCGUUGGGGGCACCAGGUUUAUAACAAGAUAAGAAGGCAAAUUAGUAAGUAAUUGAUCAUCAAGUAUUGAUGAUUGUAGUUGAUUAGUAUGGCAUUAAAGCCUAAUACCAGGUAUCAGUCAUGCAUCCCCCUGCCAGUCAUCUAUCCGGAAGAAGAGCGAGAACUUCAGCAGCGUCAGGCUGCAGAGUGGGUCAUAAGCCUCUGAAAGUCGGAACGUUUUGUUCAUGUUAGAUGUCGAUUGCGCUGAAUUUUCGUCGGAUAAAUGACGGAGCAAGAGGGGUUUAAUUUUCAA